AGUGGUGUUUUAUCUUAUUUAUUUCCUCAUGGGGUGGUUACCAUAGUGAUCUUGAUGUUGAGAAUGAGUCUAUGGGUUCAAUUGCCUAUCGAAGGGCAAUCCUCGUCCUUUUUGGAGUGUUAGACUUUCGGAUUUGAAUUUGCGAGUGAAAUUUACUACUGAAGCGAAAAAGUUCAGAGUGACAUAGAGGAGAAUAUGGCGACUACGGGGAAAAAUCCUCCUCAGGGAGUUGAAAUUAUUCCACCGUUGCCUCAUAGGUUCACAAUGGACGAAUGGUUCCUCAAUAAUCAAGCACGGCACAGAGCAUACACAACGCACUGCCAAUUAGUGGAGAGCAUAAUCGAUGAGUCCCAUCGGAUCUGUGACAUGACCCUAGAAAAAACAAAGAACAAUAAAUUCGCCACUGAUCGUGUACUUGAAGAACAGAGUGAGAAUAUAAAAUUCUCCAGGGAUGAACUGUUGCGAGCUCGCAAGAUGAUUGUUCUCGAGAUCGAUAGUCUGCUGACGUACAAGGCCCGGCUCACUGAUGCAUUGUCAUCAGUGAGAAGGAAUGCCGCCGUUAUUUGUGAAAGGUGUCUCAUUUCAAGAGAACGUCGUCGAGGUAUAGACUUGACAGUGGACGAUGUCGAGAAACAGCUGCGGAUAGAACACGGAGUAAUUCAGGGCGCAGAGACGACAUUCGUUCGGUGCCUAGAGCAGACUGCAGAGCAAAUAAGAACUUUGAAAUCCGUGUUAUAUUCUAUCGAUCGCAAUCUUCAGGGGAAGGAUGAAAAUUUUAUGAUCGAAAGGGAGAAUUUAAAUCUGAAAGAAACCGGCAUGAACCUCUCGAUAUAUCACGGCGCAUCGUCACUCGAUUCAUCUACUCUGACAAUGCAAGAGUGGGAAAUUCUGUCGAAUGAAAUCAUCACGAAUGGAAAAAAGGAGCUGAAUAGCAGUAAAGUAUUGCGGAAUUAUAUUGACACAAUUCUUCAAGAAAUCAUGAAUGAUCUGAAGGUACAAAUAAACACUACCAAUGACGCAUUCAACCAGCGAAUCCGGGAGACCAGAGAUAUUAAGAUGGAACUCGAGUCGCAGCAUUCCAAGAUAAUUGAAAAAGCUAAUGCCAUGACUCUGAAUAUUGCUCGAUUGGAGAAAACCAUCGCCGAGAAGGAGGGCUUCCUAGCGUUGAAUCACACGCGAUUGGGGAAUAGGUGUCAGCGAUCGCAAUUCGAGAGGACAGGGGAUGCAGUCGAACAACAACUAGUGAUUGAAUGUGCUGAUCUCCGUGAUUCCGUAACCAAGUUACAGCAAACCCUGUGCGAGGCUCAAUCAAUCUUGCGGUACUUGUUGAAGACUCAGAUUCAGGUGGAAGAAGACAUAAACAUCAAAACUAAUACCUUGAAGCUCGAUGAAGUAGACUGCAUGGGAAUGAGACAGGCAUUGAGCUUCCACGCAUAUUGAAGAUUGUUUGAUGACAAGUAUUCGGAAAAUAGUUUUGUUUCCUGACGGAGAAAGUAAUUAUUAACCAAUUAUUAAUGGAAUUAAUUUAUUCAAGCAGGAUAUGUUAGAUGUUUUGGACUUCGCAAACGCAUAAACGUUUUACUUCUGAGUCUUACAACAUAAAUUUCCUGAUAUCAUUGGGAGGCACGAUUCAUCAAUUGAAUGUAAACAAUCUUGUGAAAUUCCUCAUAAAGAAUUCGUCGGAGAUUCUUGACUUUCACACACAUUAUAAUUAUUGUACUAAUCGCCGCUAUCUCUAAGGCAAUUAAACACAUGAAAAUAAAUGAUAAAUUUCUUUUGUCACUAAA